CCUAGCGCUGCUGCUGCCUGCCAGUGGUGGUCUGCUCUCUUCUGCUGCUGCUGCAGGGGAUUGUGUCGCAUAUUUCCAUUCUACCUGUCGUUUGUCAGCACCUGUUUGCCUUUGGUCAAGGACGGUGAGACGUCCGGCUGUGACUGUAAAAAACGCAUAUGCCUGAGAGUCUGACAUCUGUUCAAUGGCUACCUCAGGCCCCGCCACCUCUUCUGCCUCCAUCACCGCCACUGUGCCUGAGGGUUUCCAUUAUGAAACCAAGUACAUUGUGCUCAACUACCUGGCAAUGCUGCCCGUCGGCAGAUCACAGGCGCUAACCAUUCCUCAAGGACAUGCCCAAAAUGAGAGCGAGAGGCGCACAAUGAUAAAAGAGCACGAAGAAGAGCUGAGACAACUGGACGAUGAAAUCACUGCAUCCUUUUCCACAACAGGCUUUGACCGGCACAUGUCGCUGGUGUUCAGUCCGGUCCUCCCAGAGUCCUCUAUUGAAGACUGCCUUGCUGCAGUGGGAGACCGCGUGGCCGCGGAGCUCGACGAACAUCUGGCAGCAGCUGUGCACACACUCCUCGCAGGGCCUCUGGACUACCAGAGAUUCAGAGACACAACACAGGAUCUCUCAAUACACACACAGGGAGGCUGGAGCAAGGUGCUCGUCCCUUUGGUGCUGCUGCAGGCUUUACAAAGCGAAGGCCAGUCUCUGACCACUCUGUUGCACCUGGGGGUGCGCUUCCUAGAGGAGGAUGAAGCGGGCUACAUCAUUCAGCAAGGGGGAUGGGGUGAAAUCUUCAGCCUCGAGCCAGAGGAGGAGCGAGGUGUGACCAUUGCUGAAGACAGCAACGACAUCUACAUCCUCUCCGGGGACCAGCAUCCCGACCAGCUCAGCCCCCCCUCCUCGCUGCUCUGCACUGGGGACAACAGCAGUGAGCAGAGCUCCUGGCAGACGGAAAGCUUUCCCGUGUCUCUGGCCAGCCACGAGUCUUGGGCACAGGUCGGCGCGAUGGACCGCGAAGACGUCAAGAGCCUGGACAGCAACGAGGGCGCGGCUCUGGCCGAGGAGCGCAGCGAGAACAACUCCUCGAACUCGGACAUUGUCCACGUCGAGCGCGAAGACGCCGAGCUGCUCGAGGAAGGCGGCGACGUCGGAGCGAUAGACGAGAGCAUGAUGAGCGUUUUGGGCACGGAGAGCGAGCUGGCCGAGCUGAGGGAAGAAUUUAGGGAGCAGACUCCACCCGUUCCAGUGUCGGCUGAGGCGGACUCGACAGACCCGGCGUCCCUGCUUUCAUUAGAGGACCCGGUUGUAAUAGAGAUUCCCGCGAGCUUGUCGGCGGAGCCUUCCCUCAUCUCCUUAGAACCAGAGCGGCCUCCCCCUCCCUCUGAGCCCCAGCCUGCAGCACCGUUAUCUGUUCCUGCGGUAGAACCGGAGCCUGAGCCAGAACCAGCUGCUGCAACAACCGCCCCAGUGCCUGCUGAGGUGACACCCCAAUCUCUAGCCAAGGAAACCCCAGCAGCACCAGCAGUGCAUGACGCCACCUCGGAACCCGCUCCUGAACCAGAACAGGAGCCCGUCGCAGUGCCUCCCCAGCCAGAGGAGCCAGAGGCAGAGACCGUGGCAGAGGUCCUGCAGGCUGCACUCGUCCCAGAGGCUGUAAUGGCCCCUGUAGAACCCCCAGCCGAGGAGCCCCCAAUGCAGCCUGAACCAGAAUCAGAUCUCUCAGCGAUGCUUUAUGGAGGCGCUACACUGGUGGUCCUCGCUGCCGUAAUGGCGUAUGGUGUCAUGAGCUACAGGAGGAAGUAGAAAAUCUUUCUCAAGGUUGGAGAAUGUAUAUUACGCAAUGUUACGGUAGAAGUAAAUGUAUUAGUACACACAUGGUGGGACUCUUCUUACUAAAUGAGGCUGCUUUAUCUGCUGUCCUUUUUUGGAAGGUUUUAAAUCUGUGAAAAUGCCCCCCAGGAAACCAAAAUCUCACCUAAUCCACAACCUUACUGCUGAUCCACUGCACCAGGUGCACACGCAGAAAGAGGACAAUGCACUCCAUUGUUUUCCUUACUUUUGGUGUUUUUCUUCUGUCUUAGUUCUUAAGACUCCAGCCCUUUAUGUCUUUGGUUGGAAAGUUUGUGUACUUCACCCCUCUUCCUGUUGUUUUGCUUUCUCUUGUGUCUGUGGCUCACUGUCAGCACUGUUAUGAGUCAGUGUUUUUACAUGGAAGAAUUCACUGACACUCCCUUUGCUACGGUGAACCUCAAAGUCGACAUUUGCUGUUGCUGUGAGACUUCUAGCUUCCUCGCUUCCUCUGCAGCAGAGUGGCAUUUAUUUAUAUGUCCCCCCCCUCUAACUGUGAUGACUUAUUCUGAUCAACAAACCAAAUGUAUGAUAUGGACAAGAAACUAAUCCGAUUUUAUUUGUCCGUUUGAACCUACUUCUGACACAACAUGCAUAUUAGCUUAGAUUUAUGUUCCAUCUUUCCAGUUUUUGUGUAUUGAAACAAUGAUUGGAUGAAAGUAUUUCAGUUCCUUGGAUACAGUUCUGCUGCUUCUCUAGUAGAAAUGUCAAUUCAAUCAGCCUUUUAAUGGAAACAGCUUUCGGGAUUGGAUUGACUGGUUGUGCUACUUCCUCUGUUAAACCUCGUUCUCUGCAGUUUCUUCCCCGUCUUAACUUUAACUGAACUUUAGUUCUCAGUAUUUUGCUUUGUACCCAUCACUAUUAUUUCUCCACUGCUUAUAAUGUACCCGACUCAUGCCUCAGCUUUCCAAUGACUAUCCGGUCUGUCCCAGUUACUUUGUCCUGUUCACCAGUAGAAUGAGGUAUUGAUGGCAAAAAUGGGUUCUUCAGCGACAAUCAAAACGGCAUCAACGCACUUCAUCGAGAUUUGUUUUUAGAAGUAAGUUUCAACCUCUUGUGUUGCUAUGAAAUACAUUUUUGCAUGAAUAUCACCUCUGCAGUUACUAGUGAGCCAAUCUUCAGUACAGUGCAGGAGCACUUAAACAGAAAGUGAAGUGUUCUAGUGGAAUGUCUCACGUUCUCCCCCCUCGUUAAAUCUAGACCUUUAGUUGUCCCGCCCCUUUGAGAGCUCACAUGAUAGUUCGUCAUCAGAACCGUUUAUUAAAAGGGGACAAACUGCAUUUUGUUCACUGGUGCGUCGCCACUUCUGUUUUCUCUUAAAGAAUUUGGAGAUAUUGUGGUAAGUUUUAUCACUAUGAAAAUUCAAGAAUGGCUGUUAGGACAUUGUGUUUGAUGAACCAUUUCCAUGUAUGUCAGUCAGUGUAUACACAUGUAAUACACAGUAAUACACAGACUUCCUGCUUUCAAAGGGAAACCAUUAAAGUACGAAGUAGGGUGGAUGGCAAAAGGUCCCAAACACACUUUGUACCUCGAGUUUCCUACAACACUAUUUGAGAUGAGAAUAAUUAAAACAAUGAGAACCUGUUCUGUGGUGGUUUGUUCAAAUGUGUGUACAUUUAAAUUUUGCAUUGCCAAAGAUCAACACACUUCAUGUUCAAUAAAAUACAAUCUCAAAGUAUUUCAGGUUGAAAUUAGACUCGGAUCACAUGAAAAUAGAUUUAAUCACGUGACACUAUAAUAGACAUACAAGUACACGCCAAAAGAAAAUUAAUCGAAUACAAAAUUGUCCUUCAAGUACAAAAUGAAAAAAUACAUUUUUUAAGCAAUGGUAAACAAAUGAAGGAAUGACAAUAUUCAAGUCUCAAAAUCAACCUAUUUCCCGUUUUCCAAAUAUGACUCUAAACUCAUAAUUCUACGUCUGAAAAGUGUUUUUACUUCUGUUUAACCAACACGGUCAACCGGUCGUGACGACCAGAUGCCAGUUUCACAUUCCGCUGUCUUCCACCACGCGUUUCUGUUAUUUCCUCACAAGUCACCAGGGCUGAAGCGCUGCAGUACCGUGUCGAAUAGGUUCCUGAGGAGCCGGGGGGCCCGCUUGCACACUCCCUUCACCAGGGUGAGCGUGAAGGCCAGGAUGACGCGCUCCUGGGGAAGAUGCUCCAGGCCCACGCCCCGCCUCAUCACUCUGUCCACCUCCCACCGAAGGUGAUCUUUCCACUGCUGCGAAGCACAAAUGAACAAAAGGAUCAAUUGAUACAUGACGUUUUCAAUUCAUUAAUGUAAAAAUUCUAAUUUAAUGACCUUAAUCCGGCUAAUCUCAGUAUAUACACAUUGCUCUAUUACAGAAAUCUAAUGUGUAGUUCCUUUGGCUAAAAUAAUAUUGGCAAUAAGCACUUUUGUUUUGGGUGGCAUAAAUAAAUGAUUGCAUAUCUUGCCCACCUAAGUAGCGAGUAUAUCUUAGGUAAAUGUGUUCUUGUAAUACUAAACAUUAUGGAAUACCUAACAAUAAAACUAAUACAAUAUAAUGUAGAGCAUAAAGUUCAUCAUUUAGGGUUUCCCAUGGUGUUUUACAGUGGACAUGGGUCCUCACCUAUCCUCAAACAGAAACCACCAAACUAAGUACUUUUAACUGGUUAUGAAAAAGUCUUAAUGUAUUUUUGAUGACUCUAUAUGACCGACAUAACCAAACGAGACCAUCAGAGACAAGAUUGUCUGUUUCUUUGUAGAUAUUCUUAAAGCUUGUCAUUAUUACCACUGAGAUC